AUGGAGGAUGAGGUAGACGCCGGUGUGGAGAUGUUUGGGACGUCGCAGGCGCUGGGUGCCGCUGCUGUCCAGGCGCUGGGCGCCUUUACUGAUCGCGCAGGGAAGUGUGCAGCCCACGUGGUAAGCGAGCAGGAGAGAGUGCUGGGCGCCCAUAUGGGCGAGCAUGGUGAGCUGGGCGUGGAGGGCACUGAUCUGGGAGAGCUACCUGGGCGCGCAGACAACCUGGGCGUGCUGCUUGGGUGCGUGGACAGCCUGGGAUUGGAGUUGUUGUUGCUGAGCAUGAAAGGAAUUGAUAGAGUUAUUAUCGAAUCAGAUUUAGAGGAAGCCUGUCGCCUCCUCCUCAACCAAGGAUAUGAUAACCCUGCCUAG